UUGAAAUUCCAGCGUCGCCGAUUCGGCGCCUGCAGUGCGUAGGCGGUUGUCGUUGACUGACGUCGUGGCCAACAGCACGUGCUAACCGAGGCGGCGCGUGCAGCAAAAAGGAGUAGCAGCAGCUGUAGUGGCCCACAACAACAGCACAACAACAACGGCAACAACAGAAUCAGCAGCCGAGCAGCCAGUUGAAAAGCUACACACGGAAUAUACAACACACAGCUCUAGUAUCACAACAACAAACGCUUUGGGCUAGGCAGAGAGAAGAGAGGGGGUGAGCGGGGAGAGAGUCUAACUUGAGUGAAAUUCAAGCAGUUGAAGAAGAGGAAGCAGCAGGACAAUACACCAAUGCAGGCUAACUGUUAAAGUGUGUGAAAGCACAGUGUGUGAGCAAGAGGGACGGGGAAAGGGACACAGGAAGAGGUAGAGAGUGAGUGAGAGAGAAUGACAAUGCGACAAUAAAUUAGCUGUAAACUGCACCUUGUUAUUUGCACCUGAAUCGAAAGUGGAUUAUAUAUUUUGCUAUAAUAUAAUUAAAAACAACAAUACACAAAAGGAGGCCAGAACAACCAGCCAGCCAGUAAUCAAAGUUAAUUUACCAACACAAGAAACGUAAACGUGAGUUCUAUUUACGCAAAUAAGAAGAAGAGGAAAAGCGGGCGAAUAAGUAGGCAACAGAAGAAUUAGGAGCAGCAGCCGGAGGAGCAGGCAGCGCGCAAACAGGAUACUUAAAAUAUCAAGGCAAACACACACACAGACACACACAGAGAGACAUACACAAACAGGAGUACACACGCACACUCACUUGCCCGAAGGAGGUUCAUAUUUUUGGCGAAAAAACACAAAACCACCGCACGAAAUAAAUAAAAUAUAAACCCAACCACGCUGAGGUGUAUGGCCCAAAGGCAAGGCAAACAAACAGAGCCGAAAUCGAGGAGAAGAAGCAGCGAAACAUAAAGAUGCCAAAAUGCUGGACGGAGAUUGAUGCUGGCUGCCGACGAACAGCACCCACUACAACAAACACAAGCACAGCAGCAGCAGCAGCAGCAACAACUGCAAUAACAAUAAUAAGGCCGAGACAAACGACAAGCGAGGACAACAGCAACAAGAGCAACAACAGCAGCGACAACCGCCAAAUGUGAGCAGACAAGCGACAGCAAUUGAGAUAUAUUGACUUCCAAGUACGACGCGAUUAAGCCAUGAACGCACUCGAUAUGAAUAAACAAUUUCUGAGCGUUUCCCAGGACCAUCAGCAUCAGACCUCGGUGGCAGAUCAGCGGAGUCGCUCCAGAUCGGAGCGCGCCUCCAGCCUGGCGCUGCCCCUCAAUUCGCUGCUGGACUUCUACGACAAGCAGCAGGAGCAGUGCAAGUCCGUCACCCUGCUGCCCUUGCCCAGCAACUCCGGCAGCAUCAGUGAGAGCAGCAGCCUCUCCAGCAGCAACAGCAUCGUGCGGCGACACUCCUCCCACUAUUAUCCCAUGCUCGAGGACAAGCAGAAGCCGUCGCAGCUGCCCCAGGCAGCCACCGAAAUGCUUGUAAACAUGACGGAGCAGAAAUAUGGCCAGUCAGCUCAUCAGGGCGCCUCCUUCGCGGGAGGAAGGCAGGUCCACCAACAGCAGCAGCAGCACUUAGUGCGGGUGGACACCCCAGUGACGCCUCCGCCACCCAUUCCGCGACGACUACUGCGCGGCAAGUCCGCCUGGCAGGCGUCGAGUCCACACCCACUUCCACUCUCGUCUGGCGGACAGGAUGGCGCCCACGGCACGGGCAAUGUGUUUGUUUAUCCGCAGCCAGAAAACGUGACCGCAGAGACAGUGGUCCGGGGAUCGGGCGACGGACAGGGCGAUGGUGCCAGGCUGCAAUCAGCACUGCUUGUUGACAUAGCCACACGUCCGGCGUCCGGAUAUGCGGAUGCCGAUGGGAUUUCCGAUGACGACCGCAUGAGUCUGGAGAACUCCGUGUUCGACGAGUCGCUAACCUCCACGCCCGUCAAGGUCGCCGGCUAUUUGGCCGGCCGCUAUGCCGGGCUGAGUCACAUGGCCAAGCGGGCGCAGCGCUCCUCCAGCAGCACCGUGGACUCCGCCUACGGCUCAUCGCUGGGCGGCCACAGUGAGCGUUUCGCCAGCAGCUCGACCAGCGUGGACUUUCGCAGUCGCUUCUCCUCGGUGGACACCCAGUCCUCGCUCGAUGAGAAGCCUCUGUCCAGCUCGAUUGACUCGCCGCUGGCCAGGGAUCCCAGGGAUGCGUACAGGGAACGUGCUGUGCUCAACGAUGCCAUGCAUAAGCUGAACAACAAUAACACCAGCCUGGGACUGGCCCUCUACACGGCCAGCAAUAACAACAAUGGCAGUAGCGCGGCAAGCGAUGGCUCCAAGCUACCAGUGGUUCCUGCCCGAAAGCAGCCGCCGCCAGUGAAGGGCAGCAGCAACAGCAGCAACUCGAUCGGCGAGACUCAGUCGCAGAGCUCCAAGGAACCCAGCAGCGUCUCGGCCUCGGCCUCCACUUCGUCCGCCGCCUCCGCAGGAUCCAGCACUAUAUCCAGCGGCACCAUGUCAUCUAUGUCUGGGCCAUGUCCAGCCGUUGUGCCGCCCACAGAUGCCAUCACCAAACGUCCAGGGCCGCCAGAGCCACCAUUACGACAGGCCAACGUGUUUGAUCCAGUGGAGACGGGAUCGCGGGGUCACCCGCCCCCUCCAUUGACUGUGCGGAACAAGCUCGGCCGCAAUAAACCGCCACCGAUUACGUAUCCUCGGAUGCAACAGCGACAGGACUCCACGCUGUCCAGCGACAGCUACUCGAUCAGCUCCAGUCCGGGCUACAACUCUAAGCUUAUGGAAGCACCACUGCUGGGAUCCCAGCAGGGCGGACGUAAGUCCAAUGCACCCGGCAGCGCACAGCGCCAGACUCCACUAAUGGACUUGGCCCCCACCCGUUUUCUGGGCGGCGGAGGAAGCGGAAGCGGCAAGCAGGCUCCCGCAAUGCCGCCACCAAGGAGCAAGAUCAACUAUCGGCAGGACUCAACCAUCUCCAGCGACAGCUUUAGCCAGACGUCCAGUCCGGGAUACAAUCCCAAGCUCAUGGAGGCGCCGCUGCUGCCCUCGUUGUCCGCCAAGCGGCUGUGCAGUGCGCCAGCCCCAAUUGUGUGCCGUCAGGGAGUUCAGCACGAGCCCAUCGAGGAGCUAGAACCGCCGCAGACGAUCUCGCCGCUUCAUAAGGCGGCCGGCCAGCCCAGCAGCCUGCAGACCAUCGUCCGCUUUCAAAAUGGAGCACCGCACACCAUGUCCUUGCAGCAUCAGAUUAUUAACCGGCGAAAGAGCUCCAAUCCGUACAUCACAAACGGGCGCCUAAAGUUCCGCCUGUUCCAGAUCCUGAUCAACGCCUUCGCCCUGCUAGCUAUCGCCGGCGGUCUGGCUGCCUACUUCAAUGCAUAUCCGACUAUAAAGUUCGUGAACAAGACUAUCAUCAACACGAUCCACGUGGAGGACACCACGAGUUUUGGCAAGAAUCCAGCCCCAGGCACCUGCCUGCCCAUCAUAGUGCGGUUUUGCCAAGGUCCCCAGAUUCCCUACAACUACACAGUGUUCCCCAACUAUAUCGGUCACUUCGGCCAGCUGGAGACGCAAACGGACUUGGAUUCCUAUGAGGCCCUGGUGGAUGUGCGAUGUUACGAGCUGGUCUCCCUGUUUCUCUGCACGCUUUUCGUGCCCAAGUGCGGACAGAGCGGGGCCACCGUGCCACCUUGCAAGACCCUCUGUACGGAGACGAUGCGCCGCUGCGGCUUCUUCUUCGACGUUUUCGGACUGAGUUUGCCCGAGUACCUGAACUGCAAGCUCUUCAAGGACUUUCCGAGUUCCGAGGACUGCGUGGGCUUGGAUGAGGUUCGCGAGGUGAUGAGAGCCGCCACGCAUCCCAAGUGCGAUGGGUUCCAGUGCGACCAGAACCGUUGUCUGCCGCAGGAGUACGUGUGCGAUGGCCACCUGGACUGCAUGGACCAGGCGGACGAGGCCAAGUGCGAGCGGUGCGGACCGGACGAGAUCUACUGCGGCGACAGCCAGUGCAUUGGAACCAAGCACAUAUGCGACGGUAUCAUCGACUGUCCCUACGGCCAGGAUGAGCGCAACUGCUUGAGGCUAAGUGAGCGGAACGGCGAUGUGGGCACCGGGGUGCUGGAGGUCUAUCGCAUCGGUCAGCGGCAGUGGAUGCCCGCGUGUGUGAAGAACUGGGAUCGGGCUGUAUCGCCCAGUGCCGUGUGCUCCAUUCUGGGCUACUCGGCCGUGAAUGCCACCAGUGUCCUGACCCAACUUACUCACCGCCCACUGCUAGCCACGGUUAAUGUGUCCACAGAUAUAUGGAAGAUGUACGCCAAACGAAAGUCGACCUUGAUGCAAGAGUUUGCCAACUGCAAGAAGACGGAGGAUUAUCCGAUGGCGGAUCUAACGUGCUCCAAUUACGAGUGCGGCCGAGUAAAGCGUGGUAGACACAAGCCAUCGAGACGCAUCAUUGGAGGAACCCAAGCCAGUCCCGGCAAUUGGCCCUUCCUGGCCGCAAUUUUGGGCGGUCCGGAGAAGAUUUUUUACUGCGCUGGCGUUCUAAUCUCGGAUCAAUGGGUGCUCACAGCCUCGCACUGCGUGGGAAACUAUAGCGUGAUCGACUUGGAGGACUGGACCAUUCAGCUGGGCGUGACGCGACGCAACUCUUUCACCUACUCGGGUCAGAAGGUCAAGGUCAAGGCCGUGAUUCCGCAUCCGCAAUACAAUAUGGCUAUUGCCCACGACAAUGACAUAGCCCUCUUCCAACUUGCCACGCGUGUUGCCUUCCACGAACACCUAUUGCCCGUAUGUUUGCCGCCGCCGAGCGUGAGGAAUCUGCAUCCUGGCACCCUGUGCACCGUCAUCGGAUGGGGAAAGCGGGAGGACAAGGAUCCCAAGUCCACGUACGAGUACAUAGUCAACGAGGUGCAAGUGCCCAUCAUCACGCGUAAUCAGUGCGACGAAUGGCUGGACAACCUGACGGUGUCGGAGGGCAUGGUCUGUGCCGGGUUCGAUGACGGAGGCAAGGAUGCCUGUCAGGGCGAUUCGGGAGGUCCGCUGCUGUGUCCGUAUCCAGGGGAGAAGAAUCGCUGGUUCGUUGGUGGCAUCGUCUCCUGGGGCAUUAUGUGUGCGCAUCCCCGUCUGCCGGGCGUGUAUGCGAACGUGGUGCAAUAUGUGCCCUGGAUACAGGAGCAGAUCGCGAAGCAUUCGCGUCCCAUUAAAGAGGACCGCGUUAACAAGUACGACCUGCAUCCCGGAGGACCCGAUAUACUAUCCAAAAUAGCCACUGACCCGAUGCGCGAGGGUGCACCACACCACUACACUCAUUCCAGGACGUCGUCCAAAAAUUAAUCCUGACCACAGUCGUCAGGUGUAACUGGAACAGAGCAUAUCCACGAAACAAUUGCACAAAUUACGAAAGUCACACGGAACCGAUGGAUCCUGUAGGAUACAUACAUAUAUUUUGCUACUGAACUUAGGGUAUUAGCCAGCCGGCUAGCACCGAUUUGGGCAACAUAAUCAUGUGUCAAUUUGCCGAAUUUAUUUGUCAAUUUUUUUACAAAGAGAUUUUUAUGAACCUAAAAACCCCAGACAAUUUAUAACCCAGACGAACCUAAAAAGGGGGUGCAAACAUAUGUCAAUACAUAUUGCAAACGCGAUUUAUAUACUACCACGUAAAUGGAAAAUAACCGUCAUGUACCCGAUAUCUAACUAAUUGAUAAUUGUGUCUAAAUACCCCGAAACCCAGAAUAUAAUUCGAUUUUGUAGCUGAAUUUUGUGUUGAAAAUGAACCCUGUAUUAUUAUAAGUACGCGAGUAUUACUCCACUGGAAAAAUUUACGAUAAUCGAAGAAGAAUUCAGAAAAUAUUGUGAAGUAUAAAUAGUAGAAUCCCAGCUAUUGAGUGUUGAAAAUUAAAGCAGGAUGUAAGCAAAUCAAUUGUAGAAAAUAAUGUGUAACUAUAACCAAACCAAACCAAAGAAAACAAGGAAUCAUUGCUGAUCUUGGGCAUUUGAUGGACGUAGCAGUAGGCUCUUCUCCAAACCCAAAUAUGCUGUCUUACAACAACAAUGAAUCUAACAAACAAUAAGAAAGUGUGCAGUUGACAAUAAUGAGAAAUGCACAAUAAGCAACUAAAUGCGAUUAGAUUUAAGCCAUGAAAAUAAUAACUACAAUGCGUGGGUUUCAGCUUUAAAGAACACAAACGGUAGGCAAGUCGUUUCGUCUGGCUAAAGUCAGAUCAAAAGGAUUAGGAUCAGGGGAUUAGAAGGAAUAUACUUAUACACAUAGCAUACGAAUCGACUAUUUACGCGGUGAACUACAGAAGGUACGAUAGUACACGCUUCGAUAGUGGACAUGUCAAUGUAACUUAAUAUUUAGAACUAUUUACACGCCAACGCCGCACCUCGUUUGUCACGCCCACUUAGACUGGCCGCUUGGAGGUCGAAGCUCGAGAUCUCUACUCAUCCAUAAGCCAGGUAUCUGGCAUCGUACGAUCUGGAGGAAGAUACAAUGCUUGAGUGCUGACAUUCGUAGGCACAACUAUUUUGCAGAGGAAUCGCACGUAAUGAAUGUAAAAUACGCGUAACUAAAGACUCAAAAUCGGUUGUUUCAACACACAGAACACAGAACACACAAACACACCAGAGCUUCGCGAUGUGUACAGCUUUGAUAUUGUUUUCGUGUCGGAACAGGAACAUCAACCGGAAGUGGGUCGCAUUUCCGGUUGCUCCAUGUUUUUGACUUAUCGUUUCUAGUAACUAGCUAAAACCUGUUGAAAUGCUUUAGACAAGAGAUUGCAAAUGUAUAACCGAUCACUACUAGAUCUAGUUGGACAUAUUAUGCCUACCAAUAUAUAUAUACAUAUAUGCAUGUUUUGUACAAUCAGUUUACAAGUGGAAAAGUAUUAUUAGUCUUAAAAGGGGGGUUAAAUGAAGCGCAUAUUACACAAGGCACACGAUGUUUUAGGCGGAACAUGAACACAAACCAAUAUGUAACUGAAAUAUAUACAAGAAAUAUACAUAUAACGGAUACAUAUAUUCUAUAUAUAUAUUGUAGUGCUAGCAAUUAAGCAGAUGUGAUGGUGUCUAAAUUUAUACAUGCAUAUUAUCAAGCGAACGUGGAAAGCUUAGAUUAUACUCGAGACAAAUCUGUGGGCUGUUGUAGAUCGAGCAUACUAGCUAUAAUGACAGAGUACAGAUCCAGGACAAUACAAACUUAUAAAGAUAUACCCAUAUCAUAGAAACUAUGCUUACUUCGAUAUCGUGCAGUGCAUGAACACAAGUCCGAGUUUUCCUGAAACUCUCAAUGGUUUUACUGCCAAGCUACUAAGAUGCACUGGCGUGAAAUCACUGACGACUUCAGGAUCACAUCGGAUGGAUAUAGUUUGUGCUUGAACUCAGGCAGGACUCCUUUGCUGUUGCCUUGGACAGUAGGCCACCCUUUCACCCUUUCAGUUUUCUGGGGUUCACUCUCCUUGUGCAUUUACGAUCAUUCGGAUCAUGGCGAGCUAUUUUUAUACACCCCAUGCUCCAGGCUACUAUCAAAACGCUUAGCUUUAUGUACAUUUAGUCUAAAUCGAACACAACCCGUAUAUAUUAUAUAUAUUGUAGAUGUAAAAUGCUUAGCAUUGGCGAUCGGGCGAUCGGAGUGAGUGAAAUAAUUUACACGUGGCAUGAAUAGCAGAAUAGAUAAUUACUAAGUACAAUACGCAAACAGUUGACACUCAAACUCAGAAUCGCACAAGCCCCACAUCCUAGUUGAAAUUCUGCGCUUAACGGCGGGGAUCGCCCCCAAGGAUUCGAUUCAGUUUCGCAUGCUCCAUGUGCAUGGAGGGACACUACACAAAGUACAUACAUAAGGACAGGCCCUAUUAAACAAAGAACACAAGAAUUUGUAGCGAAAAGUUAUGUGUAAAAUGUAGCAAAAUCCAAAAACCAGAAGCUGAUAAACAAACUAGUUGAAUUUACAUGUGUCGCGCAUUAUAAAGAUGAAGCAUAGUAUAUGUACUCACGUAUCAGAAUAUUAUAUGUAAAUGUUUAAAGGUGAUCAUUUGAUGAAAAGCACUUGUUAUCUAUGCACAGACGGAACUUUGUGAAGAAUUUACAAUAACAAACUUUGACAAUAAAGACAAACUGAAUUUUUUCCUGUGAGCUGGACAAGCGCAUCGGAGGCAUUGAGAAUUUAUGAAAAGUUUUACACACAUUCAGAUCUUGAAGUUUUGACGCGAAUCGAACAAUAUUGUUGAACGUUUAUUUUUGAAAACUCAGAGAGGAUACCAAAACCAUGACAAUAAGCCGGCAUUUGGCCAAUGUCCGACAAUAACUGGGAAAGUGCAGUAAACUAAAUGUAACUACAUAAAGUACACGCAGACACACGUAUAACCAACUAAAUGCUAAAAGCAACAUGUCAUACCAAACAUGAUAUAUACCUACAAACAUAUAUUAUAUAAAUGUUAAAAAAUAAAUGUAUAAAACCACA